GCGGUGUGCUGUCCUUCAUGAUGAGUGAGUGGGACAGGCGGAUGUGCCCUGCCUGGAAGUUGGAUGAGUGUACAGGACGCACACAUAAGAUGACCACCGAAAAAGGGUCUCUGUGUCUGUCCGUCAGCUGAAUAAAGGGCGUACAAUCAACUACCUCGAGCUCGACACAUCCACAGCACACAAAGCCAGUGUGUCUGUCUGUCUGUCUCCCAGAUAUAUAUCUCUCUCUACAGUACACACACAUCCGCUCAUCGCCCCUCCCCCACGCACACGCGCCAUCACACGGGCGUGAUGAUGUCGGUGCUCUGGGGGUUUCUUGAUUGUGACGCCGGCAGUGCGGCGGCCGCCGGCGCGUUGUUGCUGCUCGGUUGUGAUGGUGCGGGAGGGGGGAGGGGGGCGUCGGCAUCGUCCUCGGGCUCCUCCUCCUCGUCCUGAUGACGACACACACACGCAAUGAGUCCAGCCCACGGUAUGUGGUCGCCGUGACUGACUGACCUCUUCCUCGUCUCCCUCUGAGGAUUCUGUUGUGAGCAGAUCCUGAACACGACACGCCACAUCCAUGUGUGUGUGUGUCGGUGGACGGCCAGCUGUGACGUGACUGUCUGCCCAGCCUACCUUGAAGACCCGCAUCGGCUCGAACGGCCUGUAGGCCCAGAUGAUCUGACCGAUGACAUGACCGACAUGGCCAUCAACACACACACACACACACGAGACACAUGACGCAGUCACGGAUGGAUGGAUGGAUGACCUGCUCUCUCUCACCGUGGCGUAGAUGCCGAAUUCGACAAGGUUUUGCAUCAAGAGGUACAGCCAGUCGUCCCACCCGUUGGCAUCUAACACGGACAGCUGCACACACCACACCACACCCCAUCCCACCCAAACGCAGAACGUUGAGAUAGAUGCCCAGCCCAGCCUUGCUCCCCUCCCUCCCCUCUCUGUGUGUGAGUGAGUGCCGACUUUGAAGAACAGGAGGAAGGUCGGCUUCAUGAUGUAGAUCACAAACACCCACCGAUAUAACCUGCAGAAUGAGGUGCGAAGAGGGGCUCUCUCUCUCUCUCUCUGUGUGUGUGUGUGUAUGGGCACCUGUAUGCGUCAAACUUCUGGUACAGCUCUGCGGUACUCAGCGAGACGGCAGACUCGGUGAUCGACCCCUGAUGCGCACCACCACAUACACAGACAGACAGACACACAUCGGGCCUGCCUUCUCCACAUCUGCAGUGUGUCUGUCUUUCCUCCUCACAUUAAGCAUGGCGAUGUUGAAGUUGAUGGCGACGAUGAUGCACAGGUAAGCCAAUGCAUGCAGGAUGUAGCGCGACAGCUGACGAAAGAUAGAGACCCACCAUAGGCAGACAGACAGACAGACAGAGUGCACCGACCACACCCACCUCAUAGCCGCUGCAAGUUGGCCCCUGGCAGGUCACUUGGAAGAGCCCCAGGUAAAAGGAUAUCACACAGAUCCCAGCCGAGAAGCGGACCUCGGUCAUGCUCAGAUUCGAACGAAGAAUCUUCCAACCUGCCCACCCACCACAGCCCGACACACAGAUAGAUACACACACACGCAUAUCAUCAACGAGCGCCAGCCGUCCUACCGAGCGCCACAAGCAGGUACAUCAUCAGAGAAAUGAUGUCCUGCAUCUUGCCAACGAUGCGCGGAAUCUUCCUGCAACAAAUCAAACCCAGCCACAACACACACACACACACACACACACAUACACAUACACACACUCAUCGACACCGCACAUGCCAUCCAUGUGCCUCCCUCCCCGCCCUUCGCACCCACCCACCUCUGAAACCGUUCGAGCGACCCCUUAGAAGAGAAGAGCACGAAGUUUUGCCAGUAGAAGACGAGAUAAAGGCUCUUGGACAGCAAAGUGGCCAGCAUGAUCCAGUGGAUGGCCGUCUUCCGCCGCCGCCAGCCCGUCACCAACAGCAGGAACAGCAGCGCCGUGCUGAUCAACCGACCAAGGCACACAGAGGGAGGGAGGGAGGGAGAGAAGAUGUCGGCAUUCCAUCAAGCUGAGUGUUCACACCGGGCUAACUGACUGACCUGAUGAGAUAGACCCAGAUCAUGGUGAGGAGCACGGGCAUCAUGGGUAUCUGGUCGAAGCUGAGGUGCUGCUCGUCGUCCUUGCCGGGGUUGACCAGCCGGAUCUUCCCCGUGAAGCGAAGGUCCUGCUCGUCGCCGUUGACGAUGAUCAAGGUGUAGCGGUCCAGCCAUUCGACCGUCUUCGUCAUCGAUAUCUUGGACAUCAGCGGCUGACGCUGAGGGAUGAAAGAUGAGAUGGACAGCCAGACAAGUGUUUGUAUGGCGUGUUGGGCGGCUUGGUGGCCCUCUCACUCCACUCACCCAGUAGGCCAUGAAGUUGGUGUUGACAACCCGUGCCUCUGGCGACGUGAACGACGGCAACACGUGGGGCGUCGAGCUGCGAAAGCGACUCUGACCACAGCACGCAGCACAGCACAGCACAGCACAGCACAGUCGUCCCUGUGAUUUAUCUGUCUGUCUGCCUGCCGGACCGACCAGUUGUUCCGACGUGAGAAUCAUGAAGAAGGUGUUGUUGAUAUCCGUGGGCUGGUGCAGCUCCAGCUCCACCGUCAUGACGCCGCCCGCCGCUAUGCCGAAACUCUCAGCUGCCGGAAUUCUGAUGUCCUCCUGUGAAUGAAUCACGCCCACAGACACACAGACACUCACAUGACUAACAAACAGACAGACACGUGCUCUCUUUGUUUGUGUGCAUUCGGUGUGAGCCAACUGACUGACCAUGGUCAUCCGCGGCACUUGGACCAGCGGGAUGUAGGCGUCACUGGUCGUCUGCGGCGUGUCGAAGUCCUUGGUGAUGGCCUCGCACCGCAGCGGAACACACAGGGCGAGCAGAGCCACACACGCAGACAGACGCAUCCACCUCCGAAUUCGCCGUCUUGGUGGAUCCGUCGUCAUGAUAGAUUCAGAUCUGCGCAGAUGUCGGAAAGCCUCUCCUCCAUCCAUCUGUCCUCCCUUGUGAGCUAAGCU